AUGGACGUGGACUACGAUGACGAGGUGGCUGAGGAAGGAGGUCGCCCUGCCGGACGACGGAUGAAGGGCCGUGGCGGUGAGGAGGGCUGGUGCAGGGAGGACGAUCGCUACGCAGGAAAGGCCGGGAAAUUCGAGAGGCUGGACGAUGACGAUGACGAGACGGGAGCCGCACGAUCCAUCGAGGGCUGGGUCGUUAUUGUGUCCGGUGUCCACGAGGAGGCACAGGAAGAUGACAUCUUCGAAGCUUUUUCAGAGUACGGAGACAUCAAGAAGCUUGGUCGCAGAGGGCACGGUCUGGAGGCGAACUUGCACCUCAACUUGGAUCGCCGGACCGGCUUCGUCAAGGGCUACGCCUUCAUUGAGUACGAGAACAAGCAGGAAGCAGACGCAGCCAUCAAGGCCAUGGACGGCAACAGCCUCUUGGACCACAAGUUGGAUGUGAGCUGGGCCUUCGCGAAGCCGGGAAGCAAGAAGAAGCGCCGAUAA